AUGUCCACAGCAUGCGACGACGAUGUACUCUUACAUGUAGCCCAUCGCCCCGACCACCUUAUUGGGUUCAUGAUCACGGUCGAUAAACCAGCCAAACCAUCAGCUCUCCGGCGCCGUUCUGGUCCAUCAUCUCUCGGCCUUCUAGAUCCUCUAUCUCUCGAGAUUUUACACAAUGCCUUGAAUCUAUUGGAUUUCCGAUCUUUAUCUCGCCUUUCGCGUGUGUCCCGCAAAGGCAGAGUCACAGUCGAGUCGCUACCAGCAUACCGUGACCUCAUGAAAUAUGCACCAGAUACCCUCAAGGCACUUGGCCAGUCCAAUCUCCUCCGCCACCAUUCAGCCGAUAAACUACACGCCGUCUUGCGGUCCAAAGCUUGCGUCGCGUGUGAGAGAUUCGGCCCCUUCUUGUUUCUUCCGACCUGUGAGCGGUGCUGUUAUAUGUGCUUGGAAUAUAACCACUCGUUCUGGGUGAUACCUAUUCCGAGGGCCCAGACGAUCUACUCACUCGAGGCGCGCCAGCUUAAAAAGCUCGCGGUGAUGAAGGGCAUUCCCGGUGUUUAUAAGGAACAAAACAUUAACAAGUCAUGGCGGCCGAAGCUCGUUUCUGUCUUGGCUGUAGUGCAACUUGCAAGGGCUAAUGGCACGAUGCCGAUUGUGGAUAAAAGUAUAAUAACUCCUGAAAUGCGUGAAUGGGAUAGGAUGCCCAACUGGAUGACUUGUGAUUAUUAUGCCGCAAUAAAGGCACUAGAGCCUCCCUUGGAACCGUUGACUGGUCAUCCAUCAUGGCUGUUACCGGAAGAUGGAUUGGAGCGAGAACCAGAUGAGUUCAGUGGUAUGGCAUCAAUACAAUUUCCAUGUUUGCUGCCAGACAACACCCUUGAGCAUGGUCUUUGGUGUAAAGGGUGCGAGUGGAUGCUUGUUCAAUUCAAGGCCGACGAGCUCCCUACUCAAGGGGAGGAAGAUAGAGCUGAGGGCACGAGUUUCAGUAACAGAAGCAUGCGUGCCAUGUCAAAAAGCGAGUUUCUUACGCAUGCUAGGAAGUGUUACGGUGCGGGCCAAAUACUCUCUGCCCUGGAUAAUUAG